GUUUUGGUGUCAGCUUUUCCACGGUUUCUAUCUUUGGCUUCGCCUUCAUUUCCUCCUCAGAAUAACAACAACAAAGACAGAUUGAUAACAAAUAGUUCUUCAAAUCGUCUCAAACAAAGGAAUAAACCCUGAAUCGGAGAGAUAGAGCACAGUCAGCUAUGCUGACAGAUGCAGGUUAGUGCGCUAUUUCCAUACACUGACGGCAUUGUCUGACAGCUCAGCUUUUGAGCUAACGUUAGCCAGCUUACAGCUAGCUAGUGGCAUAUUUGCAUAUCCAAAUUGCUGUUCGUUUUGGGCAGCUGAGUAAUGGUUGAUGGGGCAGCACGUAAGCUUCAUGUUGGCAAUCUAUUAUUACUUAAGUACUAAUACAUGAGAGGCCAUGUGUUAUGACAUUUUUAUCUAGGCUGUGACAUGGUCACAUUCAGUGAUAUGAUAUGUGGUCAAUUUACAGAUUAUACAGUAAAUGCUUCAGGUGCUCGGCGUGCCAAGAAGAGGACAGCAAUGGAGUCAUCAUCUGGUGAUGGUCAGUCAUCCCUUCGCUCCUCUGGUAGACAGGUCAACGUCAGAACGAAGCGCUGCAAUAAUCCUCCACCUGGACAGGUAUAUAUGCACCAUAAUAUUAGACAAAACAGACUUCAUACGGUUAGUUUGGGACUAGCCAGAGCCGGCAGAUCAAGUAUUGUACCUCAGCUAGGCACAAUACUUGAUCCGUCGGCUCUGGCUAGUUUGGGACUGUGUGGUGUAGUGAGACCACCUUUCUUCAGUCAUUCUCACUCACUUUACCCAUUGCCACAGUCCACCCAGUCAGCCCAUUAAGAGCCCCCUGCCUUUUACCAAUCUCUCUGCUUUCAGUAAUGAGCAUAUUUUCCUUGAUAUUGAAGUCUGUCUGUCAUUGGAUUCCAGACCAAAAGAAAAGCCAUCGACACAGAGGAAGAAGAGGACCAAUCUGAGAAGAAGUACAGAAGAUGUGAGAAGGCUGGAUGCUCGGCCACAUACCCGGUGUGCUUUGCUAGUGCCUCUGAAAGGUAUCAUCAAAUAUUUUUUAUAACUAAACCAAGAUGGACCACAGCCUGUCGUUUCAAAUGGGAACAAAUUAGCCAUAGCGGGCAGAACAAGCAAGGAGGUGGGCAGAGCCAAGCACGAGCUAGCUAGUGGUCCUCUGUAGCUCAGCUGGUAGAGCACGGCGCUUGUAACGCCAAGGUAGUGGGUUCGAUCCCCGGGACCACCCAUACACAAAAAUGUAUGCACGCAUGACUGUAAGUCGCUUUGGAUAAAAGCGUCUGCUAAAUGGCAUAUUAUAUUAUUAUUAUUAUAUAUUAUAAUAUCCUAUUGGCGCGUUCUAGCCUACAUUUGCAUAUUUGUGAAGUGCAGGUGUACAAUAACUCAGUUGCCUUUACACUCCUUCUAAGCAGUGCAGUUGCCUUUACACUCCUUCUAAACAGUGCAGUUGCCUUUACACUCCUUCUAAACAAUGCAGUUGCCUUUACACUCCUUCUAAACAAUGCAGUUGCCUUUACACACCUUCUAAACAGUGCAGUUGCCUUUACACUCCUUCUAAACAGUGCAGUUGCCUUUGCACUCCUUCUAAACAGUGCAGCUGCCUUUACACUCCUUCUAAACAGUGCAGUUUGCCUUUACACUCCUUCUAAACAGGACAGUUGCCUUUACACUCCUUCUAAACAGUGCAGUUUGCCUUUACACUCCUUCUAAACAGUGCAGUUGCCUUUACACUCCUUCUAAACAGUGCAGUUGCCUUUACACUCCUUCUAAACAGUGCAGUUGCCUUUACACUCCUUCUAAACAGUGCAGUUGCCUUUACACUCCUUCUAAACAAUGCAGUUGCCUUUACACUCCUUCUAAACAGUGCAGUUGCCUUUACACUCCUUCUAAACAGUGCAGUUGCCUUUACACUCCUUCUAAACAGUGCAGUUGCCUUUACACUCCUUCUAAACAGUGCAGUUGCCUUUACACUCCUUCUAAACAGUGCAGUUGCCUUUACACUCCUUCUAAACAGUGCAGUUGCCUUUACACUCCUUCUAAACAGUGCAGUUGCCUUUACACUCCUUCUAAACAGUGCAGUUGCCUUUACACUCCUUCUAAACAGUGCAGUUGCCUUUACACUCCUUCUAAACAGUGCAGUUGCCUUUACACUCCUUCUAAACAGUGCAGUUGCCUUUACACUCCUUCUAAACAGUGCAGUUGCCUUUACACUCCUUCUAAACAGUGCAGUUUUUAAAAGACUGGCGAAGGGUAAAGUCUACAAAACUUAGUUCACUCUGUUUGUAAUAGAUUGUAGUUUUGGGAAACAGAAAACUGUAUUGAGAUCAAAUGUUUAAUCGAUGAGUAAAUUAUCAGAAUGAUGGCCAAAAUCCAUCUCGUUCCAUCUUCUCCCACUGCUGGUCAUUGGGCUUCCUCUCACUACUAUAUUUGAUAGUGAGUUGAAACGGCAACCGGAUGAAAUAUCUGUCUCAUUGUUCUGUGGUAUCAUCUCCUGUUUUUACUUCACUGGUGGUUUUCAGAUAGAGUCAUUGGCGGCUGUGUCCGAAAUCUGUCUCGCCUACUACUUACUAAUGUCACGAUCGUCUUGACGAGAAGGAGUAGACCAAGGCGCAGCGUGUGAAACGAACAUGACUUUAUUAUAUUAAAGUACUGAACAAAACAAAACACGAUCGUGAAGUCCACAGUAACACUGACUGAACACGGAACAAAAACCCACAACCCCAAGGUGAAAACAGACAGUAUAAAUAUGGCUCCCAAUCAGAGACAACGAGCCGACAGCUGACACUCGUUACCUCUGAUUGGGAGUCACUCAUUCAAACAAAGAAAUACAACCACAUAGAACAACCCAACCAAACAGAACACCACGAAACGAACACACCCUGGCUCAACAUGCAAAGUCCCGGAGCCAGAGCGUGACAGUACCCCCCCCUAAAGGCGCGGACUGCGACCGCGCCUCAAAACCCCAAACAGGGGAGGGCUGGGUGGGCAUUUCUCCUCGGAGGCGGCUCCGGCUCCGGGCUUGACCACCACCCUUCCACAAUCCCCCCGUAGCGCCCCCGGUCCGGUCUGACCCCGCUGGCUGGAUCUGGACCGGACAUAGACGGAGCGGAUUGCUCAAACUCCGUAGUGGAGUAGCUGACCUGAUCAGGCACCGGACUGACGACGCGCACCCCUGGCUUGGCGCGUGAGGCAGGAACGGACCGGACCUGGCUGACGAUACGCACCCUUGGCUUGGUGCGUGGAGCCGGAACGGACCUCACCAGGCUGACGACUCGCAUCCUUGGCUUGGUGCGAGUAGCAGGAAUGGGCUGGAUCAGGCUGACGACUCGCACCCUUGGCUUGGUGCGAGUAGCAGGAACGAGCUGGACCAGGCCGACGACGCACCCCGUAGGCUUGGUGCGUGGAGCAGGAACAGGCCGGGCUGGGCUGGCGACGCACACCGUAGGCUUAGUGCGUGGAGCAGGAACAGGCCGGGCAGGGCUGGCGACGCACACCGUAGGUUUGGUGCGUGGAGCAGGGACAGGCCGGGCCGGGCUGACGACGCACCCCGUAGGCUUGGUGCGUGGAGCAGGAACAGGCCGGGCAGGGCUGUCGACGCACACCGUAGACUUGGUGCGUGGAGCAGGAACAGGCCGGGCAGGGCUGUCGACGCACACCGUAGACUUGGUGCGUGGAGCAGGAACAGGCCGGGCCGGGCUGACGACGCACACCGUAGACUUGGUGCGUGGAGCAGGAACAGGCCGGGCAGGGCUGUCGACGCACACCGUAGACUUGGUGCGUGGAGCAGGAACAGGCCGGGCAGGGCUGUCGACGCACACCGUAGACUUGGUGCGUGGAGCAGGAACAGGCCGGGCAGGGCUGUCGACGCACACCGUAGACUUGGUGCGUGGAGCAGGAACAGGCCGGACCGUACUGGGAACACACACCACUGGCUUUAAACGGGGAUCAGGAACGGGCCGGACCGGACUGGCAAUCCACCUCAGUCCCUCUCGCCGUGCCUCUACGACUUCCUUCCCUCCUCUCGCCAAUGGCUCCCGUAACCCGGUGGCCUUCUCUCCUCUUCUCCUAUUUCGCCCUGUGGCAGCCUCCUGCUGCCCAGUCGCCCAUGCCGUGUGCCCCCCCCUAAAAAAUUCUUGGGGGUGCCUCUCGUCCGUCCGACGAUGGCACUGCUGACGCCGCUGCUCCUCUCUCGCCAGGGCCUUGAUCCUACCCCAAGGUCCCUUGCCCCCGAGCAUGUCCUCCCAGGACCACACUUUGCCCACCUGGGCCAUCGCCAGCCUCUCCAUCUCCUUGCCUGGCGCUUCCUCCCAUGACCAGGCUGCCUGCUCCUGGACACGCUGCUUGGUCGUUGUAUGGUGGGUUUUUCUGUCACGAUCGUCUUGACGAGAAGGAGUAGACCAAGGCGCAGCGUGUGAAACGAACAUGACUUUAUUAUAUUAAAGUACUGAACAAAACAAAACACGAUCGUGAAGUCCACAGUAACACUGACUGAACACGGAACAAAAACCCACAACCCCAAGGUGAAAACAGACAGUAUAAAUAUGGCUCCCAAUCAGAGACAACGAGCCAACAGCUGACACUCGUUACCUCUGAUUGGGAGUCACUCAUUCAAACAAAGAAAUACAACCACAUAGAACAACCCAACCAAACAGAACACCACGAAACGAACACACCCUGGCUCAACAUGCAAAGUCCCGGAGCCAGAGCGUGACAACUAAACUACAUACUGUGUACUAAUCGUACUACAUACUAUUUAGAAGGUACUGUUUAGUACAAAUGAAUGCACUAAGCAACAAAUAUCAACAUACUACUCAUCCAUACUGAGAAUGCGUCAUCUGAUGGUCAAUUGCUUUGAUUCCCGCCGUUCGUUCAUUUUGGUACAGCGCGUCACCUUCUCUGAUUUAUCAGCUGUUGUCAAACACACAUGGUUCUGAAAAUACGAUUUUCUUCCUCAAUAGUGUGCAGUGAAUUGUACUAGAUGAAAAGCCAAAAUGAGUAGGAUAUCCUGGCAUUUAAAAGCAUACUAACUUUUCGAAAUGUCAUAUACUAUAAAACGUUAUAUUUUCGUAUACCCAAAAAUGCCUACUAUUUAGAACGUAUGGGAAUUUGGACACGGCCACUGCCUUGCAUCAGAUAGUGUGACGAUUCUGCCUGCACUGAUCAGUUGAGGGACAAGCGUCCCCGUAUGAGUGAUGCCACCUGUUGGAACACAACGGAGAACGAGUAUGACAUCACAUUCAGUGAGGUGAGUGCUUGCGGACAGGUUUCUAACUGCUCUCUGUCUUUUUUUCAGGUGCGCCAAAAAUGGCUACACUUCCCGGUGGUACCAUUUGUCCUGCGGGGAGCACUUUUGCAACGAGUGUUUUGAUCACUACUAUAGAAGGUUAACAGUCGAAUUUAAUAAAUAACAUUUUCAUUUUGUCAAACACGUCAUCAUAGACACCUGUUCUCUGUUGAUCUGAAUGUAAUGACUAUAUCUUUCCUUGGUUUUUAUCAGUCACAAAGAUGGCUAUGAGACGUAUGCAUCCUGGAAGAGGGUUUGGACUGGCAAUGGGAAGAGUGAGCCCAGUCUCAAAGCUUUCAUGGCAGACCAACAGCUUCCAUACUGGGUGAGAGCAACACAGCUGCCUUUCAACCAAAAAUGUCUAGCUAACUGGAAUAGUAUUCAGGUCAAUGCAGCCACUCUCCAUCAAAUGAGUAAUUCAAACACAUUCACUCCAAUGUGAUUGGUUUCCAGGUCCAAUGCACCAAGCCAGACUGUGGGAAAUGGCGUCAGCUAACCAAGGAGAUCCAGCUCACUGCCUCACUAGCAGCCACGUAUCGCUGUGGCAUGAAGUUCAACAAUGUCAAGGUAAACAGGAAGUAGUAGGAGGAAGAGACAACAACAUAAUCAAAAAUAACUUGAUAGACAUUUCAUGUUUGUGCCAUAAUAUCACGUGUUUACAUCUACAGACUGAAGGGCCAGACCAGUGCUCUCUGCCAGAAGAUUUGGUGAGUGACUGUCUUUAAAAGUUACCCUCCGAGUUCCUUGCAUCUUCAGUCAACAAUUUAAAGUAUCACUGCAGCCUUGUCCUUAUUCAGAACCUUGUUGUGUUCCACAGAGAGUGGCGGAGGUGAUCGACAGCUGGUGGCAUUCCAUGCUGAUCCUGCCCCCGUUGUUUAAGGACAGCCCGGCCAGCCCUUUCCUCACAGCCUACUAUCCUGACUGUGUGGGCAUGAGCCCCUCAGGAUCCACCAGCAACCACUCUCAUGCUGAGUUGAGGGCAGAGCACUGCAGAGCCGUCCCGCCACAGAGUAAGUCCAUCCAGGGUGGGGAGAGAAUCCACAUCUCAACCCUGGUGCUCUACUUCACUGAGAAGGGUGUAUGAUAGAGAAGACCCAGAGCUAAGGAACCAGAGCUAAGGAACCAGAGCUAAGGAACCAGAGCUAAGGAACCAGAGCUAAGGAACCAGAGCUAAGGAACCAGAGCUAAGGAACCAGAGCUAAGGAACCAGAGAUAAGGAACCAGAGCUAAGGAACCAGUACAUCGCCAAGUAGUUAAUAUCCAGUCUAGGAUACUUUUGUUUCUAUUAUCUUAGCUAGUCUGUUGAACGUCAAUAGUCACUCAUGGUCAGUAAAUACGUAUCCUAUAACUCAUACUUUGUGUUCAGUUCCAGGGCUGUGUCCAUACUUCCAGCCCUUUUACCAGCCCAACGAGUGUGGGAAGGCCUUGUGUGUCCGACCGGAUAUGAUGGAGCUGGAUGAGCUCUAUGAGUUUCCAGAAUUUUCCCGUGACCCCACCAUGUACCUGGCCCUGCGCAACCUUAUCCUGGCCUCCUGGCACAGGGACUGUAAGGUAGCCAGACAGAUAAGUCCUACACUGUUUAAAUUAGACACUUUGGAAGCAUCCUAGUAGUAAUAAUAAUAAUUGAUUUUUCAUUACAAACAAGAAUCUCAAAGAUGCUUUGAAAACAAAAAUAAAUGUAGUGAUCUGUCAGUUCCUGGUUGAUGGUCUUCCACAGCUUCAGAUGUCUUAAGGCAGUUGGGAAAGGCAGUCAGUAGCUUGAGUGGAGGGAGCAUCGAUGACAGAUAGGCAGGGAGAAACCUCAGUCAGAAUCUGGUAGACAGGAGCUCUUCAUCAGAUAGGCAGGGAGAAACCUCAGUCAGAUACUGGUAGACAGGAGCUCUUCAUCAGGCACGCCGUCUCCUCUUCCUCGGUAGGUAGGCUGGGUCAUCCACUCAUCCACCUGGUGUGUGUAGAGUACUUCCUUUUCCACAUGGUGUUUCACAUACCCAGCCAUCUAGUCACAUACCUAUAUUCGAUGAGAGACUAAUAGAAUUGCCAAAUAGAAUAGUGAGAAAAACAAUGUAGUUAUAUGACCUAGGAGAAAUUACAUGACUUUUCGCUCAAUUAAACACAACAGGGCUUGGUGAUAAUGAUUUAAAUACGUCCCUUCCUCUCAUGUCUAGGAGGUGCUGACGCCCCAGAACUGUGCUCCUCACAUCAUUGUGCGGGGGCUGGUGCGUGUGCGCUGCGUACAGGAGAUGGACAGGGUGCUUCACUUCAUGACCAGGAAGGGUCUGAUCAACACUGGGGUUCUGUCAGUCAAACAGCCCCUGCUUCCCGAGCGCUACCACAACGUGAGUGUGUCUAUCUGUGUCUAGUCUUUUAACAUCAACUUUGUCCAGUUAUGUUCUGCAGCUCAUGCUGAAUUGUUUGGUCUUUGCAGAAGAACGUGAUUGUGAUAGGAGCCGGGGCAUCGGGGCUGGCUGCUGCGCGACAGCUGCAGAACUUUGGCAUGCAGGUAAUAUUUUCAGAUUAAAAUGUAGAACUACUUUAAGUGUUCCGUUUUGUUUUCAGUCUUGACCAUACCCAGCUAGCACAUAACGUUCUGAGAACCAUCCCAGCUAGCACAUAACGUUCUGAGAACCAUCCCAGCUAGCACAUAACGUUCUGAGAAACAUCCCAGCUAGCACAUAACGUUCUGAGAAACAUCCCAGCUAGCACAUAACGUUCUGAGAACCGUAUGUUUCUUAGAGCUUGGUGAGAGCCUGGUUGUCCUAUGGUUAUUUUGCAUAAAACCUUCCUACAGUGUUCUGGGAAUGGUGCAGGAUACCCAGCUAGCACGUAACAUUCUGAGAGCCAUAUGUUUCUUAGGUGGGAAUUUCAGUACUUCAGCAUAACGUUUCCUCAUGAUUCUAUUUAAAAGACAAUUCUCAAAUUGUUCAGAGAACGUUAAGAAACAACGUUCUUCUGUGGGAAUUUCAGUACUUUAGCAUAACGUUUUCUACAGGUUUCCUCAUGGUGCUAUUUAAAGUCAUGUUCUCAGAACAUUAUGAAAACUUUCCAUAAAAACCACAAGAUAACAUUAGUAAUGUUCAAACAAAGUUCUGAGAAUGUUAUUUAAAAACAUAUACAUUCUGUUCUCAGCGUCAACAAAACUCUCUCUAUCCUCUGUCUUGUUAAGUGUGUUCUCCAUUAAUUGGGCACACCUGAUCUUAAUGAGUGCUUGUUUCCAUUGAAAUGGGGUCUGUUUGAAUAGAUUAAAAUGAACAGCUUUGUAUGAGUUAAAAAAACAUGGCAUGCUAGCUCCAUCCUGGUGGCGCAGAGGACUAAUUCCAUGGAUAGAGAACAGAAGAUCAUAGGUUUGAAUCUCACUGACUCCGUACAACAAUAAAAAAUAAUUGUUUGCAUGAUUAAUUUCCAUUAUGACCUAUCUGUGCUUGAGCUCAAAGCAGUUAACCCAAACUAAGCUAGAAGUGUUAUUAAAAGUCUUAUUGAACAUGUUCUCAGAACGUUAUUUAAUUACCUUCAAAUAACCUAUAAUUUUUGUUCUCAGAAUGUUAAUAAAAUCUCCCAGGAAAACUUUCAGGGAACCAUAGUAAAAGAUUCUCAGAACCUCCCUGCAACCUGAAAAUGUAUGUUCCCAGAACAGGUGAAAUGUUCACUUCCAUUCUCAGAACGUUUAAGAAACGUUCAGUUUUACCGGUCAGGAAACAUAUGACUUCAUUCUCAGAACCAAUGGGAACCAAUAACGUACGUUCCCACAAUUUCCAAGGAACCAGAUGUGCUAGCUGGGUGUCUGAUUUUCGGGUUAAUUCAGAUAUGGAACCUACUCCUAUUGUAACCCAUAAGAUGUUCUAGGUCCAAAAUGCGGAAUACAUAAUAUUGUUCACAACAUAUUGAAUGAAUAACUGCUGAUGAGUUCUGUGGCUGUGCCCUCUUCAUGAACUUUAACCUCAAGCGUUUGAUCCAAUCACAGGUGGUGAUGCUUGAGGCGAGUGAGCGGAUUGGAGGGCGGGUGUGGGAUGAUACAUCGCUGGGCGGCGUCACAGUGGGUCGAGGGGCUCAGAUUGUGAACGGCUGUGUGAACAACCCAAUUGCACUGAUGAGUGAGCAGGUGAGAUAUUCUUUGUAACAAGGUGAAAGAUUCUUUGUAACAAGGUGAGAGAUUCUUUGUAACAAGGUGAGAGAUUAUUUGUAACAAGGUGAGAGAUUAUUUGUAACAAGGUGAGAGAUUAUUUGUAACAAGGUGAGAGAUUCUUUGUAACAAGAUGAGAGAUAACAAGACUAGAGUAUAUCUAGUGGAAAUUAAUGAUGACAUAUAUGGAGGUAGUUUUAAAAGAAGUGCUUUAUAAAUAAACAAGAGAGCAAGGUUGCUCUCGCCUCACAGAUAGAGAGGCCCAACCCACAUUUGAUAUAGGAUACAGUGAUGAGUUUUGUAACUAUCACCUGUGAUAAACCUGAGUGCACAAUGGUAAAUAGCAUCCAGUGGUUUUAAUGUGUUUGCCGAUGCAUACAUAUAGAUAAUAUCACCAUAAUCUAAAACGGACAUAAAAGUAGCCUGCACAAUUUGUUUUCUAUUUACGGAGGACAGACAAGCCCUGUUUCUGUAAAGGAACCCUAUCUUGAAUUUGAGCUUUUUUCCCAAUUCAGUAACAUGUUUUUUAAAAGAAAGCCUAUCAUCUAACCAUACCCCUAAGUAUUUAUAUGCAGAGACCUGUUUAAUUUGAGUACCAUCCAAGCUAGUGAUUACAAAAGGUGUUUCUAAUUGAGAGUUUAGACCUAGAAAAAACAUGACAUUUGUUUUCUUAGCGUUUAAACAAGUUUAAGCUGUAAAAGAGACCCCUGUAGAUCCUAAAUCAGACUCCAACUGCAUCAAAGCUUGGUCCGCUGUUGGAGCAAUAGAGUACAAUCACUGUGUCAUCUGCAUAUAAAUGGAAUUUGCAAUAUCUGACAUCAUCACCAAUGUUGUUUAUAUAAAGUGAGAACAAUAGUGGGCCAAUUAUUGAACCCUGAGGGACCCCUUUAAGUAACUGUAAGGGGUCAGACUUGACCCCGUCGACCAUGACGGCCUUAGUUCUAUCUUUAAAAUAGUCAUAAAACCAUCGACAGGCAUCAGUGCCCAGUCCUAUAGAUGACAGCUUACUCAAAAGGAUAGCAUGGUCUACAGUGUCAAAAGCUUUUGACAAAUCUACAAACGCAGCACAGUGCUUUCUAUCAUCUAAGGCAUUUGCAAUAUCAUUUACAACAAGCAUAGUGGCCGAUGUGGUACUGUGUUUAGAUCUAAAAACAGAUUGAUUGGGGCUAAAAAUACUGUUAACAGAAAGAAAAGAUUGUAACUGUUUGUUGACUAUAGAUUCUAGGAUCUUUGCCAGACAAGGGAGCCUAGAGAUGGGUCGAUAGUUAUCCAAAUCACUACCGUCACCUCCCUUAUGUAAUGGCAGAACAAAAGCUGCUUUCCACACCUUAGGGAUAUUUCCUGUGCUUAAUGUUAGAUUAAAAAUGUGUGUCACUGAACCAGCAAUGAUAGGUGCGGCACACUUAAGUAAGUACGGGUCUAAAUUGUCAGCGCCUAAGGAUUUCUUAGUAUCAAUUCUUUGUAACAAGGUGAGAGAUUCUUUGUAACAAGGUGAGAGAUUCUUUGUAACAACACUGACACAAACUACUGGCACUCAGUCAUUCACUCACAAAACCGUACCUUGAAAACAGGAUUUUUCAAUGUCAACAUUUCUAAUCAUUCACCCAAAGUUGAACCCAAGAACUUUGUAUUUUUUAUCUAAUUUACUUGUCCUAUAACUAUUCACAUACUCAGUUGCUUCUCUUGUAUGUAGCUCAGCAUUAAUAUGCACAAGCUGGGGGAGAGAUGUGACCUGUUUCAGGAGGGAGGGAGUGCCACAGACCCGGCCAUCGAUAAGCGCAUGGACUUUCACUUUAACGCCAUCCUGGAUGUGGUGUCAGAGUGGAGGAAGGACAAGUCUCAGAACCAGGACACCCCUCUGGGAGGUACAACACAUUUAUGGUCACUCCUAGGGUUGCGAAUACUGGUAAUUUUUCCCAAAAUUCCCAGGUUUGACAGAAAUCCCGGUAAAGCCGGGUGUACACUACACGACUUUCAAAAUCCUAACAUCGCUGAACCUCUCACAUUAAACAACCGUCUUUCCUGUAGUUUGUUGUCUUGCCAACGUAGUGGUGGGCACACUAAACGAUGUGGCACAGACGGUGGUCACACGCUACAAGAUUCAUCACUUGGGUCUUGAGGAUUCCCCAUACCACGCUGUCUCGCCAAACGAUGAUGUGAUUUGGAUUUAACGUAGCUACAACAAGCUGUGGCUCAAAGCAGCCUCAAACGUUUUCAGUCAGACAUUCACGCUUGCCAAACAGAGUUGAAAUAACUAGCCAACAUUUAGAAUUGAAUAACAUUGCUUGUGUAACGAUUUGAUACUUUAGGGCUUUGGUUAAAGGCAAGUACAAACGCAUACUAGCAGUAGUCAUUGCUCCUGCUCUAGUCUACACAUUCUGGGUGAUGGGAAACAACGUCAUCAUCUCACUGGCUUCUUCUCUGGCGAGCUCUCAUUGGCUAUUGCUCAUCACCGUUCUCAAAACGUGUCGUUGCGCAUCUCACACUUACAGGAGCAUUGCAGAUUUUGUGCCGAUAAAAUCAAACAUGUUUGAAAAUAUCGGGACAGCUCGGAAGACGAGAUCGGUAGCCCUCAGAUUGUGCCUCUGACCCGCUCACAUUAAAAGAGUGUCGGUGACGGCUGCCCAUGGUAGGCAACGACCUGGGGAUUUGGUCUCUGAGCUCAAAAGCUUGUCUGGGACAGCUACAUAGGAGCCAAAAUCAUAUAGUGUACACCCGGCUUUUAGAGGAAUCGCAGAAUUUCCUCCUGAUUCCAGAAAUAUUCCAACCAGGAUUUCUGGACGACCUGGGAAUUUUGGGACAGUUAUCGGAAUUUUGCAACCCUAGUCACUCCUCUCAUUGGUUUGCUUAUAUAUGAAGUACAAAGUAGUGAUAGACAUUUGGGCAGUUUCUAGUUUCUAUCAUUUUACAAUUUUAACUUCCAGAGAAAAUUCAGGAGGUCUACAAGACAUUCCUUCAGGAGUCUGGGGUCCAGUUCAGCCAGUUGGAGGAGAAAGUGCUUCAGUUUCAUCUCAGCAACCUGGAGUAUGCCUGUGGGAGCACACUGGAGCAGGUCUGAGAUCAUUCCUACCCUGGCUCAUGUAACAGUUGAUGAAGUGACCCUAGGAGAGUUAUGACAACAUAGUCAGGGGUUAAAGUUCUCCUUCACAGCAACGGUUUUCCAUCGUAUGGAUUCUGGAGAGGUCGUUUUUUAGAUCAGUGAAGAUGUGCAAUAAAAUCUGGUUUGGAAAUGACAUCAUGUCUGUUCUAUGAAAUAUUCUCAAAUAUUUUAUUUUCUCUGUUACACUGUGUGCACUGAACUGACAUGCAUGAUUGUUGAUGACACUCCGAUGUUCAGACGAAGGGAAUUAAACGGUCUAUAACGCGCACCUCCUGCAGCGCUCAACUCAGACAGCAGUCUCUAACCUCCUGCAGCGCUCAACUCAGACAGCAGUCUCUAACCUCCUGUAGCGCUGAACUCAGACAGCAGUCUCUAACCUACUGUAGCUGCUGGUAAAGACUCAGACAGCAGUCUCUAACCUACUGUAGCUGCUGGUAAGACUCAGACAGCAGGCUCUAACCUACUGUAGCUGCUGGUAAGACUCAGACAGCAGUCUCUAACCUACUGUAGCUGCUGGUAAAGACUCAGACAUCAGUCCUCUAACCUACUGUAGCUGCUGGUAAAGACUCAGACAGCAGUCUCUAACCUACUGUAGCUGCUGGUAAAGACUCAGACAGCAGUCUCUAACCUACUGUAGCUGCUGGUAAAGACUCAGACAGCAGGCUCUAACCUACUGUAGCUGCUGGUAAAGACUCAGACAGCAGUCUCUAACCUACUGUAGCUGCUGGUAAAGACUCAGACAGCAGUCUCUAACCUACUGUAGCUGCUGGUAAAGACUCAGACAGCAGUCUCUAACCUACUGUAGCUGCUGGUAAAGACUCAGACAGCAGUCUAUAACCUACUGUAGCUGCUGGUAAAGACUCAGCAGCAGUCUCUAACCUACUGUAGCUGCUGGUAAAGACUCAGACAGCAGUCUCUAACCUACUGUAGCUGCUGGUAAAGACUCAGACAGCAGUCUCUAACCUACUGUAGCUGCUGGUAAAGACUCAGACAGCAGGCUCUAACCUACUGUAGCUGCUGGUAAAGACUCAGACAGCAGUCUCUAACCUACUGUAGCUGCUGGUAAAGACUCAGACAGCAGUCUCUAACCUACUGUAGCUGCUGGUAAAGACUCAGACAGCAGUCUCUAACCUACUGUAGCUGCUGGUAAAGACUCAGACAGCAGUCUCUAACCUACUGUAGCUGCUGGUAAAGACUCAGACAGCAGUCUCUAACCUACUGUAGCUGCUGGUAAAGACUCAGACAGCAGUCUCUAACCUACUGUAGCUGCUGGUAAAGACUCAGACAGCAGGCUCUAACCUACUGUAGCUGCUGGUAAAGACUCAGACAGCAGUCUCUAACCUACUGUAGCUGCUGGUAAAGACUCAGACAGCAGUCUCUAACCUACUGUAGCUGCUGGUAAAGUCAUUCAAAGCCUCUACUUUAUCACUCGGGAGGAUGGUUCUAUUUUUUUGCCAUGUAAUGUUGUUAUUAAAACAAAAUCAGACAACCCCAUAGUAAAAUAGUUUACCUAUUUACCAAGUCGGCUUGUAGAAUGUCCUUUUAAAAAGUCACCAGAACUGAGCUUCUCAGUCCUUCUACCUAAAAAAUUAUCCCGGGCACUGGAAGGGCACUGGAAUUGGUCAAACUCUUUCCCUAAAAGCUUGAUGGUCAUGACUUUCUUACAUGAAAGGGGAGGUUAAGUUGGCCCCAGACGAUCGAUCUGAGAUCGACUUAAGUUUCAGUCAUGGGAUUUUGUUGUUGUUGCUUUAACCCCUAAACAUAGUCCUUACACGUGUGUGUGUGUGUGUGUGUGUGUGUGUGUGUGUGUGUGUGUGUGUGUGUGUGUGUGUGUGUGUGUGUGUGUGUGUGUGUGUGUGUGUGUGUGUGUGUGUGUGUGUGUGUGUGUGUGUGUGUGUGUGUGUGUGUGUUCGCAGGUGUCGGCUCGAUCCUGGGACCAUAAUGAGUUCUUUGCUCAGUUCUCUGGUGACCAUACACUGCUGACAGAGGGCUAUUCCUCUGUGCUUAACAAACUGGCCGAGGGCCUCGACAUCCGCAUCAAGAGCCCGGUGAGCCAUCGAGUUCUGUGUCCCAAUUAUCUCUCCAUCCUCCCAGAGUGCACUUGUUCACUUUCCUUCACUGAUUUGAAAGGAAAUGACUGGUAUGAGAAAUAUGCUGGAAACUCCUACUAGCCAAUGCCUUCAGCAAUUCAAUGCUUUUUAAAUGUGUAGGAGGAUAAUAUUAUUGGGGGGCACCCUAUGUUCCUUUCAUUGUCAUUCAUCCUCUCAUCUUGGUUGUAGUGUAUAGUUAGAUAAAAGAGAGGUUUCUCUAUUUUUUUUGUACCCAAGCAUUUCGAGCAAUGCCUCACAAUCACAGUGCACCUGUUUCAUUGUAGGUUCAAGCUAUCGAUUACUCAGGGGAUAUAGUCAAAGUUACCUCAUCCAAUGGGACUCAGUGGACAGCACAGAAAGUAAGGACUCAUUUGUUUAUUUACAGAGCAAUGAACUUCCUAUUAUGCAUGUUAUAGUACAGUUGUCUUCCCUGACACUCCACUCUUACUAUUAGCUGUUAUAGUACAGUUGUCUUCCCUGACACUCCACUCUUACUAUUAGCUGUUAUAGUACAGUUGUCUUCCCUGACACUCCACUCUUACUAUUAGCUGUUAUAGUACAGUUGUCUUCCCUGACACUCCACUCUUACUAUUAGCUGUUAUAGUACAGUUGUCUUCCCUGACACUCCACUCUUGUUUUGGGAACAUUUAUUUGGUCUUUUUUUAGGUUCUGGUGACAGUCCCAUUGACAUUACUCCAGAAGAAUAUAAUUCAAUUCAACCCUCCUCUUCCUGAAAGAAAGCUGAAAGCCAUCCACAGUCUUGGAGCAGGUCUCAUUGAAAAGGUAAGGGUUUAGAGCUGCAACACAGUCUGGGUGAUGUAAAUGAAACUGGUUCACCCUGUCACGAGAAACGGUGUCUUAAUGAAACUGGUUCACCCUGUCACCAGAAACUGUCUCUUAAUGAAACUGGUUCACCCUGUCACCAGAAACUCUCUUAAUGAAACUGGUUCACCCUGUCACCAGAAACGGUGUCUUAAUGAAACUGGUUCACCCUGUCACCAGAAACUGUGUCUUAAUGAAACUGGUUCACCCUGUCACCAGAAACUGUCUCUUAAUGAAACUGGUUCACCCUGUCACCAGAAACUGUCUCUUAAUGAAACUGGUUCACCCUGUCACCAGAAACGGUGUCUUAAUGAAACUGGUUCACCCUGUCACCAGAAACGGUGUCUUAAUGAAACUGGUUCACCCUGUCACCAGAAACUGUGUCUUAAUGAAACUGGUUCAUUCUGUCACCAGAAACUCUCUUAAUGAAACUGGUUCACCCUGUCACCAGAAACGGUGUCUUAAUGAAACUGGUUCACCCUGUCACCAGAAACUGUCUCUUAAUGAAACUGGUUCACCCUGUCACCAGAAACUCUCUUAAUGAAACUGGUUCACCCUGUCACCAGAAACGGUGUCUUAAUGAAACUGGUUCACCCUGCCACCAGAAACUGUGUCUUAAUUAAACUGGUUCACCCUGUCACCAGAAACUGUGUCUUAAUUAAACUGGUUCACCCUGUCACCAGAAACUGUCUUAACACGCAUUCCUAUUCUCAGGUUGCUCUGCAGUUCCCGUUUCGCUUCUGGGACAGCAAGAUUCAAGGAGCAGACUACUUUGGCCACAUUCCACCCAGUCCUGACAAGAGAGGGAUGUUUGGUGUGUUCUAUGACAUGGAUCCACAGGUGAGAUACCAUCUUUGUACUUUAUGCUUACUAACUACUAUGUAAUCAUCUGUUAUUUCAAAGGAGAGAAAUGCUGUCAAAUACUUGUUGUAGACAUUAUUAUGUAGACAUUAAGAGACAGCUGAGGUUUUUUUUUCAGCAUGUUCAUUGAAGUGAACCUGUUGAAUUAUGGACAGGAAUCUACGCUGAAUACGUAAAUAAAAGGUUUCUUACCAGAGAAAAAGAUGUGUUCCUGUCUUGGCCCGUUCCGCAGGGAAAGCGGAGUGUCCUGAUGUCCGUCAUCACUGGUGAAGCUGUGCCCUCUAUCAGGGACAUGGAGGACAAAGAUGUUGCUGAUCAGUGCAUGAUGGUCCUGCGUGAACUCUUCAAGGAGCAGGUAGAACAACUGUGUACUUUGAAGAGAAAAUCACACAUUACAAUAGGACUUAGGCCUACUACAAAUGACAUUUAAGGUAUUCAAAAUAAAUGACAAAUAAAUAAAUAAUGUUGUAUCUGUAUUUUCACGUAUUUUUCAUUGUAGGAUGUCCCAGAGCCGGUGAAGUACUUUGUGACACGGUGGAGCAGAGACAUGUGGUCUCAGAUGUCAUACAGCUUCGUAAAGACAGGAGGCAGUGGGGAGGCCUAUGACAUCGUUGCUGAAGAUGUGCAAGGAAAAGUGUUCUUCGCUGGGGAGGUAAGACCUCUGACCCCUUUUAUCCUCUUACACCAGUGGAGGCUGCUGAGGGGAGGACGGCUCAUAAUAAUGGCCGGAACGGAGAAAAUGGAAUGGCAUCAAACACCUGGAAACCAUGGAAACCAUGUGUUUGAUGUAUUUGAUACCAUUCCACUGAUUCCGCUCCUGCCAUUACCACGAGCCCGUCCUCCCGAAUUAAGGUGCCACCAACCUCCUGUGACACACACCAAUGUAUUACCACAGGCCUUCACACGAAAGAGAAACAUCCAUGAGACACUUUUUAAGAGUAGGACUGCUGAUUUUAGGAUCGGUUUUGGCUUUUAGAUCACAAUGAAUAAGAUAACAUGGACAGGAGGGACCUGAUCCUAGAUCAUCACUCUUACUCUGAGAUGCUUGACAGAUACGGCCCCUGAUUUUAACAUGAGUCUUUCUCCUGUCUUUCUGUCUCUAGGCAACCAACAGGCACUUUCCUCAGACGGUAACAGGAGCCUAUUUGAGUGGCGUCCGAGAAGCGAGUAAAAUAGCAGCUUUGUAACUCCUUCCCUUCGAGCAGUCACACGACACCAGCAUAAAGACAUCUAAGUUGUACGGAGCAAAGCAUCCGUUCCUCACUCAAGUUGCUCCUCUUUAGGCGGUGUUUUUCUCCUUGUGUGUGUACUGUACCUCGUGUGAGCAGAGAUGGCUAAUGUUGUUUGAAAUGCGGCAAUGUUAUGGUUAAGUUUUUCUGUUAUUAUGAGUGAAAUACGAUAUAUCUUGUUGGUUUAGUUGGAGAUCACUAUAAUAAGAAAUUCAGGAUCGGUAGCACACGUAUGGUCCUAAACAAUGGACAAAUGGACAAACAGUAUUUCCGUUCUAUAUGGAUCUUCACCAUUUGUUUGUCAACAUCUAUUAAUGGCUUUAAAAUAUAUAAUAAGAAUAUAUGUUUUUAUUGUCAGAUACACCAGAUAGGUGCAGUGAAAUGUGUUGUUUUACAGAGUCAGC